AUGGACACCGAACAAGAAGAAAGUAUAAAUGAAGUUUCUGAAAAUCUUGUUAACGAAGAAGUUGAUGCUGAUACACCAGAUUCUUCUGAAGAAGAGGAGGAAACUGAUGAAGAAACUUACAAAAAAGAAUCAAAAGGAUUUAUUGUUGACGAUGAAGAAACUGAAGACGAGGGGAAUGUUGCCGAUGAUUCUGACGAUGAAAUUCUAGAAGAUGAUCUAGACCUUUUAGCAGAAAAUUCAGGCCAACAUAAACGUCUUAAACGUGGACAUAGCAGAGAUAAGGAUGUUUCUAAAAUAUUUGAUGAAGAUGAGGAGGAAUUGGGUCUGGAAAAUCAUGAUAAUGAUUCAGAUUUCAUUGUUGAUGAUUAUGAGGAAGCCGCCGGAUUACCUAUGGAGUAUGAACAUACUCCACAGCCUAAAUUAUAUAAACAAUCAGAAAGUUACAGAUAUAUAGAUAAUGAUGCUAAAUCAACAUGGCAUUACGUCUUUUCAGAUUUAGAUGGUCUAUAUAUCGACGCGCUUGAUUCACCUGAGCCUACAGAAGAUAUAGAGUUUGCAUCCCAAGGUAUCAAAGCAAUUUUAGAUCCAAAUACUUUAAAGGCAAUGAUGAUGACUGAUGAAGACAAUGAAAUUCAAAUUCCAACAGAUUAUAAACUUAGUGAGGCUGAAGUUAGAAAAGCUGCUAAAUGGAUAUCAAAUAGACUAUUCAAAUUCAGAGAUCAUAGAAUAAUAAAUCAAAAUGAUUUACUAGAAGCUGUAAAAAAUGUAGUAAGACAUAUUUCUCAAGAAUUUUAUGAGGUUCCAUUCAUUUUCACCUACAAAAGAGACGAAUUUGUUCAAUUUGUUGAUUUCAAUGGAAGACCUAAUGAAAUUUUGACAAGAGAAGAUCUCUGGAUUAUUUAUGAUUUGGAAUAUACUUUUAGGAAAUUUUUAGAACGUCGUAAAUAUGUAAAUGAAUUUAUGGACAAAUAUAGUAUUAAUGAUGAUUAUAUAAACGGGAUGACUGUUGAAGCUACAAAUGUUGAUGAAUUGAACGAUUUACUUGAUUACUCUCAUCUCAAAUAUGGAUCUGAAAUUGCUUCGAAAUCCACUCCUCCUACUCAAAAACGUAGAACGAAAAAUUCAUUCUAUCGGGAAUGUUGUAAACGUGGCGUUGGUAAAUUAACUAAGAAAUUUGGAAUAGAUAUUGAAAAAUAUGGUGAAAGUCUAUCUUCAGAUCAUAAAACUUAUUGGCCCAUUGAUCCUGACAAAUCAAUUAAAGAUGAGGCUUUACAACUUAAUAAUUUUAAUGAAAACAGAGCAAAUCUAUUUAUUAAAGAUGCUGUAAGAAUGCUCUCCCAAGAAAUAGCAACUACUCCACCAGUCAGAAAAUUUGUAAGAAGUUAUUAUUUAAAACAUGCAAAUGUUGUAAUUUGUCCAAAUAAGAUUUUAACAGAAGAGGAUAAAAGUUGCUGGUCAUUCCGAUUUUUGAAAAAACCAAUUCAAAAAUUUGCUAACAGUGGACAAUUUGCUGAAAUUUUAAAAGCAGAAGACGACGAAAUGAUAAAAGUUUCAAUUGAAUUAGAUGAUAAAGAAAAGUUUUUACGAAGGCUAAAGGAAUAUAUAGUUAGUGAUAAUGCCACCAAUGACCCAACUAUUAAUGAAUGGAAUAAGUAUAGAAUGGAAGCAGUUGAUCAAGCAUAUAGUGCUAAUCUUGUUCCGUUCUUGAAUUCGUGGCUAAGAACAAUACUCAAGAAUGAUGCUGAGCAAUGGAUUAUGGAAAAAUUGAUGUUAAGUCUUGAAAAUAAAAUUAAUUUUAAACCAUUUAGACCUGCCGGGUCAUCUAGAAGAAAUGAUACAUCUGCUGAAUCGUCAUCUAAUAAAAAUGACUUGCCCUCUGUUUUAGCAAUUUCAUGGGGUGCUGGUGGUCAUAAAGCUAAUACAGAGUGCGUAUUGGUUGGCAGUCAAGGAGAAGUUAUGGAUACUUACGAUUUUGGUGAUCUCAAGAGUGGUCAAGAGGAUUUUUUUGGAUUAUUGAACCAAUACAAACCAGAAGUUGUAGUAGUUAAAUGCUAUGAUAUUAAAACGAAAUAUUUAUUGGAAACAGUCCAAACUUUUGUCAAAGAGUAUAAUGAUGAAAAAAAUGGUUAUAUUCCUGUGAUGGUAGUUAAUGAUGAACUUGCUCAUAUUUAUAAAAAUUCAAAAGCUGCCAUUAAAGAACACCAUGAUCGUAAUACGACAGAGGUUACUCGUUAUUGUAUUGCAUUGGCUAGAACAAUUCAAGAUCCUCUUAAUGCUUAUGCGUCUCUUGGUGAAUUAUUAGCAGAUAUUUCCCAUCAUCCAUUACAAAAACUUUUACCUAAAGAAAAGGCACUUCAAGGCUUGGAACGUGCCUUGAUCAACAUAAUAAGUCAAGUUGGUGUCAAUAUAAAUGAUGCUAUCAGAAACCCCUAUAAGGCUGAAAUGUUGAAAUAUGUAUGUGGGCUUGGUCCUAGAAAAGUUGAUGCUUUACUUAAAAUACUUAGAUUUGAUGAUCAUGAGGAGGUGACAACAAGGAAGGAUUUAGAAUCAUACCUGGGAAAAAAUAUAGUUUAUCAUAAUUGUAUUCCGUUUAUUAGAAUCUAUCCAAAACCAAUUGAAUAUUUAGAUAAUACAAGAAUUCUUCCACAACAUUAUAUUCAUGCCCGUAAAAUGGUUACAGGUGCAUUGGAGCUUGGUGAUGAUGAAAUAGAAGACGAUAACGAGAUUGCGAUAAAAUUGGAAGAUUAUAAAAAAUUGAAAUUAGAAUCAUCUAAGCUUAACGAUUUGAAUAUCGAGGAUUAUGUAACGCGUAUUAAAGAUUUAGAUAAAUCAGCUACAUUAUUCUUGAUUCAUAUGUACAAAAAAGAAUUGCUUGAUCCAUUUGAAGAUUAUAGAAGAUCAUUUGAGCCAUUGAAACCAGAAGAGGUUUUUGCAAUGUUAACUGGAGAAACAGAAGAAACUUUGGCCUAUGGAAUGGUAAUACCAGUCACAAUCACCAACAUUAAACCAAAAUUUGUGGAGGUUAAAUUAUUAUCAGAUUUGAGAGGUACAAUUUUACCAAGUAAAAAUGAAAAAAAUUUUGAAAUAGGUCAAAUGGUGAUGGCAAAAGUUUUGAAAGUUGAUAAAGAAAAGUUUUCAGUGAUUUUAACUACAAGACAUAUUGAACAUGAUGAUGAUGAUGAAAAACUAGAUAAAACACAAUUGGAUGAUUAUUUUGAUCACGAAGCAAAGAAAGAAUAUAUUGAACCAAAACCAAAAACACUUAUCCCCAAAAUUGAGUUUAUACGUACUCUUGAUCAUCCAUAUUUUGUCAAAGUUAAAGAUUACAAAGAGGCAGAAAAUUAUCUUGUUGGGAAACAUAAUGGAGAAAUUAUUAUUAGGCCCUCAUCAAAGGGAUAUAAUCAUCUUGCAAUAACAUGGAAAGUUUGGGAUGAUAUUUAUCAACAUAUUGAUAUUAUUGAAAGAACUGAAGAUAAAGAUGGAAAGGAAGUCGUAUCUUUUACAGUAGCAGGUGGAAAGGAUGUGUAUAGUGAUAUAGAUGAAUUGAUAGUGACAUAUGUUGAACCAAUUUACGGAAAAGUUGAAGAGUUAACUUCCCAUCCCAAGUAUAAGCCAUCUAAAGAAAUUUUAAAUUACUACUUGGAAUCUAACCUUAGAUCUAAUCCAAGGGUGUCACUAUAUGGCUUUACAUUGGAUAGACAAAGACCAGCAUACUUUAUUUUUUCUUAUAAAAUCAAGCCCGAUACACCAAUUGUUGAUUUG